AUGUCUUCCUUCCUUCUCUUUGUACUCCUUCAUAUCCCGCUUGCGCUCGCGCACGGCUACGUGAGCCGCGUGACCGUCGACGGGACUGAGUAUGUGGGCAAUCCGCCGGGGCAUAAUACCAGCUCGAGCCCCAUCCGUAUGGUGUCCAGCAACGGCCCUGUACAGAACUUGUCCAGCCCCUUCCUCGCCUGCGGGCCCGACGCGCAGCCCGCACAGCUGGAGGCGAUUGCCGCGCCUGGGAGUGUCAUCAACAUCACCUGGGUAUCAGGCGGAGGAGGCAACUGGCCCCACGAGGUCGGCCCUGUGUUGACCUACAUGGCGGAGUGCACAAACACAACGACGUGUAAGGAUUUUGACACAACCGGCGCGCGGUGGUUUAAGAUCGACGAAGCCGGGAAGCAGAGCGACAACGUCUCGUGGGUGCAGCUGUAUAUCGAGGAGGGUCGAAAUUUCAACAUGACGCUCCCAGAGAACCUUGCCCCAGGGCCAUAUCUACUCCGAAACGAGAUCAUCGGGCUGCAGAACGCCAUGGCGCGUGGCGGCGCCGAGCCUUUCCCAUCGUGCACGCAGCUCAUUGUCACAGGCAACGGGACGGGCGUGCCUGCCGCGAAUGAAACGGUGUCUUUCCCCGGGGCGUACAACUCGACCGAUCCUGGUAUAUGGUUCAACGCGUACGACAAUACCCACACACCCUAUGUGUUCCCUGGGCCGCCUGUCGCCGUGUUGAUCAACGCAACCGCCGCCCAGACAAACGAUACGGAAACAAACAACACGACUGCCCCCGCUCUUGACGCUCCCAGUCCCGAAAAAUAUAAACUACCUCCGUCCGGCACUCCCGAACUCGACGCACCCAGCCAUGAUGGAUGCACGGAGAUGGACGCGACACCAGUGCUGACGGUCAUGGCUGCCCGCGGGCGUAUUGCUCUGGUCGAAUUGUGA